UUGCGCUAGCUGUGAGUACCCAGACUCCUCUCGCCCAUUCAGCCAUAUUGUGUGGAUGCACCGAAAUGUGGAGGGCACCUUCGAAGCAAAUUGCAAGGAACAUUUCCUGCUCUUCUGGACCAGCUAAACCCAGGGGUCCUAAUGUUAAGGCCAAUGCACUACUAGGCCUUGGUAAACGAGGUUUUAGUCAGACCCACAGAUUGUGGCAGAAUGCUGCUCCACCACCACCAUCCCGAGGAGGAGGUGGAGGUGCUGGUAGCUGGAUACUUCCUCUCACAGGGUUGACAGUGGUUGGUGUUGGAGGAAAUGUAGCUUAUGCUCUGUAUGAACCUACCUAUAGGGAAUUCUUGGAGGAAAAAGUGCCAUAUGCAGAUUUAGCUUUUCAAUACCUCCCAGCCAAGAAAGACAUAACUAAAAAUAACAUCUUACGAGGAUCCCCAGCUUUAUCAGGAUCAACACCAAAGUCUGAAGACAGGGCUGACAUAGAGCAAGUUCCUGAGAAAGUUGAAGCAAAGAGUUCUGCACAGCUGGAUUUGUCUCCUAAGGGUGUGGCUGUUAAAGCAAAGAAAAAGAAAAUUGAAAUUCCGGAAGAAGUUGCAAAGGAAAUUGAAAAAGAACAGGACUUGGAAAGAAAAAGACAAGACAAAUUGGAGGUAGACCAUAAGAUCAAAGAAGAAGAAGAUUUAAUAAUGGAAAGAAAUAAAGAGCUUGAAGAGCAAGUGGACAAGUCUGUGACUUCUGCAAAGAAAUUGGUUCAGCGUGCAGUAGACCUUCACCAUCACGCUGCAGAGGUCAUUGCAAAUCAUACUAAACUGUUCCGAAAGACCAUGGAUGAGUCUUCAGAGGGUGAUAAAGAAUCCCAUAGAGCUGAGCUUUUCCAUGCUGGUGAGCUGAAAAAGAAAGCUCAAGAAGAGGCAGAAAGAAUGCGACAGUUUGCUCAUGAUGAAUUAGAAAUGCUGAAAAAGGCAAUAGAAGAUGGCAAAGCUGAAGCUAAAACUGAGGCAAAUGAGAUAUUGGCACAGGCCCAAGACCAGUACAGCAACCUAAAAUAUGAACUAGAUGGAGUAGUUGCAAAAGUCAGCCAUGCCUUGUCUGAGUCAAAUAUAUUGCAUCAUUAUAAGGACCGCGUGGAAAAAGGAAAAGACCAGUUUCAGAAAGAGAUGGAGAGUAUAGUACCAGAUGUAAAACUAGGAGAAAAGGGUCAGAAACUCAGUGUAGAAGAGCUCAAUUCCCUUCUUUCGCAUGCUCACCGACGAAUUGAUCAACUGCAGAAGCAGCUGGCAGAACAUGAGGUCUCACAGUUAAAAGUUGUGGGUGAAACACUGGAACAACAGCGUACUACAGAUGAAAAACUGCUAGAUUCUAGGUUGCAAAUAGAGAAAGAAGCUCUGAUCAGCAAAUUUGAAAUAGAGAAAAAACAUUUGGAAACUAAUGCAAGAAUUGAAUUUGAGAAGGAGCUUCGUCAAGCACUGGCUCGCCAAGCUGCAGCAUACAAUGACCAUUUAACAGAAGUACUAGCAACACAGCGGAAGGACUUGGAGGCCGAAUUUGACAAGAUGGCAGAAGAGGCUGCUAGAAAGAAGCACAAUGACUUGAAUAAGGAAAUAACCUCAUUGGCUGGCAGGCUGUUUUCCAUGGAAUUGGCUAUACAAGGUCAAGCCUUAAAGGAAAUGGAAGGUGGCACAGCACAUGAAUAUUGGUUGGCUAGCCAAGCUUUAUUGAAUGCCAUCACCACGGGGACUGGGGAUGCUGAAAAUCCAAAGAAACCCCUGGAGGAGGAGAUUGCUGCAGUUAGGGAUGCAGCAGGCUUGGACCCCUUUGUAGCCAGUGUGUUGAAUGGUGUGCCAAGUGAGGCUGUGGACAAGGGCGUGUGGAGUGCAGAUUCUCUGAAGAGCAGAUUUGAGAAAGUGUACAAGGUUUGUCGUCGAGUAGCUUUGGUUGGAGAAAAUGGUGCUGGUCCAAUGCUCUACCUGUUAUCCUGGCUCCAGCAGCUGUUUAUCUUCGAUACUGGAUACACCGCAUCACCAAAUUCAGACAUGGCGCCAGAAGAGGUGAACACCAUAAGUUUGCUAGCACGUGCAAAAUACUUUAUGGACAGAGGUAACUUUGAGAAUGCUGUGAAAUAUAUAGGCCAGUUGCAGGGAAUGCCUAAGAGAGUAGCAAGUGAUUGGCUGAGGGAUGCUCGUGUGAUGGUGGAAACCAAGCAGGCUGCAGAUGUUCUUGCUGCUCAUGCCUCAGCCAGGGGUCUGGGGGCUGUAUCUGAUUAUGCUGUACCACCACCUUUCUCACUAAUGCCUGAGGAUAAUGAUAAAGAAACACAAGGAGACAAAAAGCAAGUAAAAAAGAAGAAGAAAAAGGUUGAAAAGAAAGCACCCAGCGAACCUCCCCCAAGUGAUACAGAGUCUUAAUCAUGAAGUUUUCUAGCAAACUAAUGAACUUAAGACCCUUUUACAUAUACAAUUAUUUGUUGUAUUCUUUUCCAAGCAGCAUGAUUUCAAAUAUCAACUGCCUGAUUUAAUUAUAAUUUUUACCACAUUGACCACAAACUGAACUGACUUAAAUAAUGUCAAUAUUUGACUCUUUGCAUAUUGAAAUGUGAAGAGCUUGAAAAUAAAACCACCAUGGCACUUUCUAUGGUAAGCCUAAAAGGCGCAUUUUCUUUAAGUUCUGGACAAAGCGGUUGGUUUGCAAUAUAUUUCAAGUGCAUUGUUCUUCCUUUUAAUGUCUUUUCAAAUUAUGAACAUUAUCUUUAAUACAUUAACGCUCUAUCCAUGGCUAAUAAUUGUUAGCAUGUUGCAUGUUUUAACAACUUCAUGAAAAGUUGGUGUUUGUGUAAUGGUGUUUUUUUUGUUUUUUUUUUCAAAUUCCAUAUUCUGAAAAAAAUGUAAAAGCUGCAUAGUAAAGUUCAUAAUGGGAUUGGAGUUAUAAUAAUAGUGAAUUAAUGAUAUGCUAAUUGUAAUGUUGUUUUAAUUGACAGUAGCGGGCAAACUGUUGCAGCAAAUGUUAGUGGUUCCACAUCGGAUAGUCACAGCCCUCUUUUCCUGUAAAGUAUAAUUUGCAUUCUUGACAUACAAAACAUUGCCCCAGAGUAGGUGGAGGUAUUGGAAAUUGUUGGGAUAUGAGGAAAUAAAACUGUAGACAUGUUUCAUUCAGAAGGAGCUAGUGUACUGCAAUAGCUUGUGUAGUGCUCAGUAACUCGCUGAAUGAUAGAAUGGACGAACACAUUGUCUCCUGGCGUAGAGUAGAAUACAGAGAAGCUUGUGAUUAAACUGGUGCCUUGUAAACAA